UUGGCCAGCCCCGAGACGGUCAACAGCAAGACAACUCCAACUACUAAGCCUCUCACCUACGAGCCUGGUCGAACAAUUGCAGAGACCCACGAUGACUACCCUUACGAACAUCUCCUCCCCACAUUCCCAGCCUUGAAAUGGGAGCCCUUGCAAGAAGUCCUCUACCACGACAAAGGUCUCCUCGGCAGCCCAACAUUUUCUUCUCUCCUCACCACUGCAACUUCCAUCCGCGACUACAACCCAAAGAUCGGCACCGAAGUCACAGGCCUCGAUCUUGCUGCCCUCACUUCAGCACAGAAAAACGAUAUCGCUAGAUUGAUAGCGACAAGAGGUGUUGUGUUUUUCCGCAACCAAAAGAAUUUCGACAUUGAGGCUCAAAGGGAAUUGGGAAAGUAUUUUGGUACUCUGCAUAGACAUGCCACGACGAGUGUACCCAAGCAGCAGGGUUUGGAAGAUGUCCAUGUGGUGUUUGCGGAGGGUGCCAGAGGAGCGAGAAACCACAUCUUUUCGCCGAGUUUCUUGUGGCAUAGCGAUCUCCAACCNCCUUCCUACACAUCGCUGAAACUGCUAUCUGGGCCUCCCAGUGGUGGCGGUGGCACAACACUCUGGUCGUCUCAAUAUGCCGCUUACGAUGCCAUGUCGCCGUUCAUGCAGCAAUAUCUCUCUUCGCUAUCUGCCGUCCACUCGGCAGACAUGCAAGCUGCCGACUCCAUCCGCGGCAACAGACCCGUGCGAAGAGAUCCUGUUACCACCGUACAUCCUCUGAUCCGCAUCAACCCAGUCACAGGCUGGAAAUCUCUAUUCUACAAUCCGGGGUUUGUGACAAAGAUUGUGGGCGUGCCGAGAUUGGAGUCUGAUCAUAUCGUCUCUUACCUCAAUGAACUCAUCGCGACAACGAAUGAGAUACACGUCUCCUUUGAUUGGGGCAAAGACGAUGUUGCGUUUUGGGAUAACAGGAUUUGUGUAAGUUGCUUUUCAUCUGCUCGUUUCUGUCUGGGACUUCUGCGAGCACAUGCCGUUAGAGUAGCCACUCAUGGUGAAAAACCGUAUUACUCUGCAGAAGGAAAGUCCCAAGAAGAAGAGUUGAAUGCAAAGUAUGGGUUACCUGCGGCCAACAAGGAUUGUAGUGGUGUGGGGAACUACAAUGAU